CCAGCUGUGUGGCACCGAUGCGGCGCGACCGUUCCCGCUGUGGGAAGGGGACACCACGGGCCACUGCUUCACUCAGCUGGUGCUCAGCGUCCUUCCCCACGCGCUCCUCGCUGUCCUCAGUGCCUGCCACCUGGGCACCCCAAGGUGGGUAGACUGCCGCCCGCGAGACGCCGGCUCCCGGCUCCCACGUCUCUGGAGUAGGGCAGAGGCAGGAUCGAAGCUGACUGGUUCACACUGAGUUGAGCAAGUCACCUACCUUCUCUGACAAUCAGCGAUGUUGAGAGGGUCAAGUGCAACAAGGCGUUUAAACUGAUAGAGUGGCGCCCGGGUGUCCUUAACGUCGUCAUGCAUCCCUCUUGCAGAGUUUUAAACGUCCAAUCACAGCUGCCAUGAAUUGGAGGCAAACAUGGAGAAACGUUUUAACAAAAAAAAAAAAAAGAUGACUGUGUGUAAGUUAGGGCCGGUGGCACGCCACUUCCAUCCAUAAAACCCUGCUAUGCUAUCCCUAGUCUAAAAGCAGAUGCAGGCUUAGCUGAAGGGAAGCUGUAAGAAUAACAAAAUCAAAACCUUAGAACUAACUUGGCUUAGUGUUGUAAGAUGUUGGUGCUAAACUCGCCCUGAUUUUAUGCUUAGUUCUUGAAUGGCCAAGUUAGUUUUUCUGUCUGUUUUGCAGAAUGAGGCAAAAGCUUAGAGGUAAGCACAGAUACCCACAGCUUGCACAGAUUGAUCCAGUCAGGCCUGGCAUAGUAGCCUUUAAUCCCAGGUCUUGGGAGGCAGAGGCAGGUGGAUGUCUGUGGGUGCAAGGACAGCCAGGGAUUUGUAGAAAGACUCUGCUGUCUCAAAAGAAAAAUGUACAGACCUGGCUAGGCAAAGAGUCACAUCCCUAUAGUCCAAGCUGUACUGGAGGCUGAGACAGAAGGAUUAUUUGAAGUCAGGCUGGUCUACAUAGUGAGACCCUUGUUUUAAGGUGAGGGAAAACAAAAACAACCAAAGUAUUUUGUUUACAGUUAAAUUUUUUCAGCACCCAGUCUGAGCAUAACAGACUCCGGUGGGUUGUUUUGUUUUGCUGAAAUAGUAUGUAGACAAGACUGACCUAGAACUCAUAGAGAUCUGCCUGCUUCUGUCUUCAAAGCACUGGGACUAAAGGAGCAUGUCUCCAGGCUCACCCUCAGUUUUUAAAGAUUUAUUUAUUUAUUUUUCCUGAGUGUAUGUCUGUGUACCACAUGAGUGCAGUGCCUGAGGAAGCCAGAGAAGAGGGCAUCAGAUCACCUGGAAUUGGCAUUUCAGACCGAUAUGAGAAACAGUAUGGUUGCUGGGAAUUGAACCCUUUGGUCUGCUGGAAGAGCAGCCCAUGCUCUUAACUGCUGAGGCAUCUAGUCCCAAUUUUCUUUUCUUUUCUUUUCUUUUCUUUUCUUUUCUUUUCUUUUCUAUGUUAUGUUUAUGAGGGCUGGCCUGACUGGUGCUAGGAUUGCAAGGAUGUACCAUCAUACCUGGCCCUGUGUUUGGUUCCAUUUACGGGGAGAGAGGUAUUGAGAUGGGGUGUCAAAUAGCCCAAUUGUGUCUUAAGAUAAUGGUCCCACCUCCCAACUGCUGGGAUUACCAGGUGUGCUCCACCAUACCCAGCCUGUAUUUGGGGUUUUUGUUUUCAUUUUUCAGGAUCUUACUAUGUAGUUCCCUGGCUGGCCUGGAACUUAUUAAGUAAACCAGGCUGGCCUUGAACCCAGAGUUCAAACUGACCACCUGCAUUGGCCUCCCCAGUGCUGGGAUUAAAGGUGUAUAUCUCCACACCUGGUUCUAGCCUGUAGUUCAUUCUUUUUUGUUUGUUUGUUUGUUUGUUUUAUUUUGUUUUGUUUUUCGAGACAGGAUUUCUCUGUGUAGCUUUGGAGCCUAUCCUGGCACUCGCUCUGGAGACUAGGUUGGCCUGGAACUCACAGAGAUCUGCCUUCCUCUGCCUCCCGAGUGCUGGGAUUAAAGGCGUGUGCCCCCAACACCCAGCUCAUUUUUUUUUUUUUUAAUGUAUGUAUGUGUUCAAGUGUAUUCUGUCGGGGGUACAUGCCUGUGGAGUCCAGAAGAGGGCAUAGGAUCCUCUGGGGCUAGAGUUAUAGGCAGUUGUGAGCUGCCUGACAUUGCUGCUGGGAACUGAACUCAGGUGCUUGGGAAGAGCAACUCUUAACCACUGAGACAUCUCUUCAGCCCCUGUAUUUGAUUCUUAAUGUAAACCUUUUGUUUAUGAAAACCAUUUUUAAGAAGAUAUAGCUAGAACUGAAAGAUGUUUCCCUUGAGCUAAGAGGUCACCUGGUGACCCACACCAGUCUUUACAGUCAGGGGAGAGACCGGAGCAGGGUAUUCUGAGGCACUGUAAAUGUAGGCUAUCCUGUUAGAAGACAAGAGCUGCAUAUAAGCACAUGUCACCCAAGGAUGCUUCAGAAAAAUUUAGGGUACUCUUGUGUGGGCCCUUUUAUAAAAAGUAUUUAUCUUUGCGUAAAGUGUGUGAGUUUUCUAAUUAGAAUCUUCAUGGUACAAACCACCUUAACUCAGACUUGUUAGUACCUGUGGCAAAAGAAUGAAUCAGAAAGCCUGUAAGGCUUUGGGGUUCCAGGGUAAAGUAGGGCAGGGAUGCCAUGCACAGGCCAGGAAGGGAAUUUGUUUCAUCUAGCUAUUUGGAGGUGAUGGGCAUGUCUGAGCCUAGAGUCAGCCAUGACAUGCCUCCUUUUCUUUCUUCUCUUUUUGUCCCCAGGACUUCCAAUUACAUCCUACCUUUCAAUCCUGGCUGGCGCCUCCGACUAGCAGCCUCCUUCCUUCUCUCUAUCUUCCCGCUGCUAGACCUCAUUCCAGUUGCUCUGCCACCAGGGUCACCCCCAGGACCCAUAGGGCUGGAGGUGCUGGCAGGGGGUGUUACAGCUGUGGCCUGGUUCACCCACAGCCUGGCCCUAUGGGCAUUGGUUCAUUCUCCUCAUGGCCGCUCCCGUGGACCCUUGGCCGUUGCUCUGGCUGCCUUCCUACCAGCCCCAGCCCUAGUGCUGACCCUGUUGUGGCAUUGCCAGCGAGGCACAUUUCUGCCCCCACUCCUCCCAGGACCCCUGGUCCGUGUAUGUCUUCUCACUCUGCAGCUGGCAGCAGUCUUGGCCUAUGGACUGGGCUGGGCAGCCCCUGGGGGGCCACGAGAGCCCUGGACUCAGGAACCCUUUCUGUCCUCUGAAAGUCAAGAAACAGAGGUAGCUGAAGAUGGAGAGAGUUGGUUGUCACGUUUUUCCUAUGCCUGGUUGGCACCCUUGCUUACUCGCGGAGUCCGUGGAGAACUCCGGCAACCCCAGGACAUUUGCCGACUCCCUGGAAGGCUACAUCCUGCCUAUCUGGCCCGCACCUUCCAAGCACACUGGAAGGAGGGGGCCCAACUGUGGAGGGCCCUGUAUGGGGCCUUUGGAUGUUGCUACCUGGCCCUUGGACUGUUGAAGAUGGUGGGAACCAUGCUGGCAUUCUCUGGGCCUCUACUGCUCUCCCUACUGGUAGGCUUCCUGGAGGAAGGGCAAGAGCCCCUAAGCCACGGCCUGCUCUAUGUCCUGGGGUUGGCCAGUGGGUCUGUGAUAAGUGCCGUGCUGCAGAAUCAGUAUGGGUAUGAGGUACGCAAAGUGACACUUCAGGCACGGGUGGCUGUGCUGAGCAUCCUCUACCGCAAGGCCCUGCAGCUUGGGCCUAGCCGCCCUCCCACUGGGGAGGCCCUGAACCUACUAGGCACCGACUCUGAGCGGCUGCUUAACUUUGCUGGCAGCUUCCAUGAGGCCUGGGGCCUGCCUCUGCAGCUGGCCAUCACCCUCUACCUGCUGUACCAGCAGGUGGGCAUGGCCUUCGUGGCUGGGUUGGUCUUGGCACUGCUGCUGGUACCUGUCAACAAAGUGAUUGCCACCCGCAUUAUGUCCAGCAAUCAGGAGAUGCUGCGGCACAAGGACGCACGAGUUAAGCUCAUGACAGAGCUGCUGAAUGGCAUUCGAGUCAUCAAGUUUUUCGGGUGGGAGCAGGCUCUGGGGGACCGAGUAAAGGCCUACCGGUCUCAAGAGUUGGGACGACUCCGGGUCAUCAAAUACCUGGAUGCAGCCUGUGUAUACCUGUGGGCUGCCCUGCCAGUUGUCAUCUGCAUUGUCAUCUUCAUCACCUAUGUCCUCAUGGGGCACCAGCUCACUGCUACCAAGGUGUUUACGGCACUGGCGCUCGUGCGCCUGCUCAUUCUUCCUCUCAACAACUUCCCCUGGGUGAUCAAUGGCCUCUUGGAAUCCAAAGUAUCCUUGGACCGGAUCCAGCGUUUCCUAGACCUUCCAAACUACAGCCCUGAGGCCUACUACAGCCCUGGUAAAGGAAGGGGGACUCGAGGGAAGAACCCAGCACAUGAUCCCCCCACAGAGCCAUCCACAGCACUGGAGCUGCAUGAAGCCCUGUUCUCUUGGGACCCGGUUGGAAUAAGCCAGAAGACCUUCAUCAGUCACCUCGAAGUGAAAAAGGGUGCGCUGGUGGGCAUCGUGGGAAAGGUGGGCUGUGGGAAGAGCUCGCUGCUGGCCGCCAUCACUGGGGAGCUCCACAGGCUCUGUGGGUGGGUGGCUGUGUCAGGGCUGUCCAAAGGCUUUGGACUGGCCACCCAGGAGCCCUGGAUCCAGUGUGCCACCAUCCGAGACAAUAUCCUCUUUGGGAAGACAUUUGAUGCCCGGCUGUACAUGGAAGUACUGGAGGCCUGCGCCCUCAAUGAUGAUCUCAGUAUCCUGCCUGCUGGAGACCAGACAGAGGUGGGAGAGAAGGGUGUGACCCUCAGUGGGGGACAGCGGGCCAGGAUUGCACUUGCUCGUGCUGUGUACCAGGAGAAAGCAUUCUAUCUCCUCGAUGACCCUUUGGCUGCUGUGGAUGCAGAUGUGGCCAACCACCUGCUACACAGGUGCAUCCUGGGAGUGCUGAGCCAUACCACCCGGCUGCUGUGCACCCACCGCACUGAGUACCUGGAGAGGGCUGACGUGGUGCUGUUGAUGGAGGCCGGGCACCUGGUCCGAACAGGGCCUCCCUCUGAGAUUCUGCCAUUGGUUCAAGCUGUCCCCACAGCCUGGGUUGAGGAGGAACAACUGACUGACUCAGGCAAGUCGCUAUCAGUACAGAACCUAGAGAAAACAACAGAGGGGCCUGAGGUGGAGGAGAGCACAUCUGGUCGCCUAGUGCAGGAAGAAAGCAAAUAUGAGGGCGCUGUGUCCCUGCGUGUGUAUGCAGCAUACUGGAGGGCCAUGGGCAGUGGCCUGGCCAUCGCCAUCCUCAUCUCUCUACUUCUCAUGCAAGCCACACGCAAUGGUGCUGACUGGUGGCUCUCUCACUGGCUCUCUCAGCUGAAGACAGGCAGGAAUAGCUCCAAGGAGGGUCCAGCUUCCUCCAGCCCAGGCUCCACAGUGGUCUUCUCCCCGCCGCUGCUUCUCUUCUCCUCCAGAAACCUCUACAUCCCACUGUCCAAAGCUGCUUCCAAUGACUCCUCAGAUGUCCACUUCUACCUCAUCGUGUAUGCAGCCAUUGCUGGCGUCAACACUCUCUGCACCCUUCUCCGGGCCGUGCUCUUUGCAGCAGGUGCCCUUCAAGCAGCUGUCACGCUGCACCACCGCCUGCUGCAUCGACUCCUCACGGCACCUGUGACUUUCUUUGACUCCACGCCCUCAGGCCGAGUCUUGAACCGAUUCUCCUCAGAUGUAGCCUGUGUGGACGACAGCCUGCCCUUCCUCCUCAACAUCCUGCUGGCUAAUGCUGUAGGCCUGCUGGGUCUCCUGAUUGUGUUAGGUUCUGGUCUGCCCUGGCUGCUGCUGCUGCUGCCACCUCUGAGCUUUGUCUACUACUGUGUGCAGCGCCGCUACAGGGCCUCCUUCCGGGAGCUGCGGCGCCUGGGCAGCCUCACCCUGUCUCCACUCUACACCCACCUGGCUGACACUCUGGCAGGCCUCCCGGUGCUCCGGGCUGCAGGGGCCACUUACAGGUUUGAGGAGGAGAACCAGCGACUCUUGGAGCUAAACCAGAGGUGCCAGUUUGCUUCCUAUGCCACUAUGCAGUGGCUGGACAUUCGACUGCAGCUCAUGGGAGCAGCAGUGGUCAGCGCCAUCGCAGGCAUUGCCCUUGUGCAACACCAGCAGGGCCUUGCCAACCCAGGGCUGGUGGGCCUCGUGCUAUCCUAUGCCUUGUCCUUGACGGGCCUGCUCUCGGGCCUGGUGAGCAGCUUCACACAGACGGAAGCCAUGAUGGUGAGUGUCGAGCGACUGGAGGAAUAUUCCUGUGACAUUCCCCAGGAGCCCCAAGGCCAGCCACUGCAGACACCCCGCCAGGGCAUCAGGUGGCUGACCCAGGGAAGUGUGGAGUUCCAGGACGUGGUGCUGGUGUAUCGGCCAGGGCUGCCAAAUGCCUUGGACAGGGUGACAUUCCGAGUGAAGCCCGGAGAAAAGCUGGGCAUUGUAGGCCGCACAGGCUCUGGCAAGUCUUCCCUAUUUUUGGUGCUCUUCAGGCUGCUGGAGCCCAGCGCAGGGCGGGUGCUGCUAGACGGUGUGGACACCAGCCAGCUGGAGCUGGCUGAGCUCAGGUCCCAGCUGGCUGUCAUCCCCCAGGAGCCUUUUUUGUUCAGUGGGACUGUUCGAGAGAACCUGGACCCCCAGGGCCUACAUGAGGACAGGGCCCUGUGGCAAGCCCUAGAGCAGUGCCACUUGCGCGAGGUGAUCGUCACUGUGGGGGGUCUGGAUGGAGAGCUGGGCGAAAGGGGCCGGAACUUGUCCCUGGGACAGAGACAGCUGCUGUGUCUGGCCAGGGCUCUUCUUACAGAUGCCAAGAUCUUGUGCAUUGAUGAGGCCACAGCAAGUGUGGACCAGAAGACAGACCAGCUGCUCCAGCAAACCAUCUGCAAACGCUUUGCCAACAAGACAGUGCUGACUAUUGCCCACAGGCUCAACACAAUCCUAAACUCUGACCGAGUGCUGGUGCUCCAAGCCGGGAGGGUGGUAGAACUGGACUCUCCUGCUGUCCUGCGCAAACAGCCCCAGUCACUGUUCCAGCAGCUAUUACAGAGCAGCCAGCAGGGAGCCCACUCCCUCCCUGCAGGACGCUGAGCCUCCUGUGGGGACCUAUGCUUCUUCCCACCAGGGCUGCUCAUUUACAUUUCCUCUGUGGUUCUACCUCUCCUCCACUUCCCCAGAUGGAAAGGGCACCCAGGUUUCCUCCUUGUAAACCACACACAGGUGGGUUGAAGGCUACAGCUUCCUCAGAACAGAACUGGCCCACCAUGGGCCUCUUCACCCAAAUUCUGUGCCAGUUUUUCUUCCAUAGAAGCCCAUUUUCACUUUCAUAAUUUUAUUUGAUAAAAUUCCUAUUUUACA